UCUUUUAUGUUACAUAAUCCUGAUGUAUGAAAAUGUCAAUAAUUUUAAAGAUAUAAAAUAUAUUAAAAUUGUCUUUUCAACUUGACCUAUUAUGAAAGAUAAAUAUUCAGUACAUGUAUGUAUAUGUAUAAUAUGUUUAUAACAUACAGAAGAAUCUCUUUAAUGAUUCAAACUAUUAUAUAUUCAGAGAUUCAUGAAAGGUUAAAAAGCUUAAGUAAUUUAAGAUAUCAACAAGUAUAUAAAUAUUAAUAUUCUUUCUCCGUGAUCUUAGUGUAGUAUAGUGAUCUAUAUAUUAUGAUUUAAUUAUUAUUUAAUUAUUACUAUUCUUCAAAUUAUUAUCUCAUUCAUUUCUAAUGAUAUACACGGAGCAACAAAUCUUUAUCUGUACAUAUCUAUAAUUCAAGAUAUAGAAAUGACUUUGCUUUCCUUUUAUUGAGGCCCAUAUACACAUAUCAGUAAUAAUACGUAUCACCAUACAACAGUCACAAUAAGUAAAAAAUUCUCUUAUAUAUUUGUAAUAUCCAACAAUAUUGCAUUCAAGAGAUAAAUUUCAAUACCUGUUACCGUAAGGUUACUCAUUAGGUAAGUAAUGUUUGUACAUUACAUGUUGUGUAAUAAUAUACACAGAAAAAUGAACUAAUUUAUAUGAUAAUAAUUCAUAAAUUAUUGUUGUCGAUUGGAAGGAGAUUUCAAAAUUAUAACAGUUACAAAACUAUUGUAAACGUAAUAAACGCGGACAAAAAUGUAAUAUAGAUAUUACCAUACUAAUAUUGUAAGUUUUUCAUAACUAAUAUAAGUUGUUCAUCUGUCUAUUAGAAAGAAAUUAAAAUAUUAAUAUGGUUGCUAUCAUAAUAUAGAACCUACCUUAUUUCUAUAUUGCAUAUAUGGUAAAUAUACGUUUAAAUAUACAGUCCAAAAGUAAUGAUUAAAAUUAAUAUUUAGUUUCAGAAAAUAAAGUAAAAUGUUACAUACAGUAUUUUUGGAAAUAAUUUCGUAAGUAGUACUAUUGUCACCUAUAUUUAGGUAUUAGAAAUUAAUCAGCUUUUUAUAUAUGAUUUUUUAACAGUAUUACAUUAAAAUGAUUAAAAAGAAUCCAUGUAUACUGAGCUAGCAAAGUUUAUCUUAGAUAAGAAAAAUAUAUAUAGUUUCUUAGAAAAAUUGUGACACGUUCAAAUACACUUUACAUUAUAUAUAAUAUCAUAUUAUAUAUUUAUGAGAAAAUAUAAAGUAAAGCAUGCUGGAUAUAAUUCAAAUGUCAGUAAUCGCAUGUACUUAACCUAUAUUAAAAGAUAGGUUUAAAACUAACUGUAAUAUGUACAUAUGUUACGUAGCAUUUAUAAAAAAAAAGAAAAAGAAAGAAACAAGCUUCUUGAUUAAAGAAUGAAAAGAAGAUAAUGAAAAAUGAAUUAUUAAAAAGUUAGGAAGAAGGGAAAGUAAAACAGGCGGAGCUUAGAAUGUACGAGGAAGAUAGCCAACAAAACAAUAAGAAAAGAAAGAGAGAGCAAGGGGUGGUGGCGUGAAAUUAAACGCAUGCUACUUCGGCUACUCGUUGCGUUUCAGUCACUGGAUUGCAGGCACAGUGUGAAUGCUGUUUUGGAGUGCCUUCGACCGGUCUUGACUAGUGUUAAUCAAUGCUUUCCAUGUGAAAGUGAAGAUAUAUAAACAAAACUUCUAAAAUAUUGCUAGUUCGCUUUUGGUUUGAAAAAUUUAUUUAGUUAAAAUCUUUCUUUAUUCCUUUGGGAUAUAUAUUUAUUGUACUUAUACAUUAAGAAUUCAGAUUGCAGUCUUAGAGUGCCGACAUUGCCAACAGAAGGAUUGAAGCUGGUGGCAAGCAGAAACAGGUCAUGCGAAUGACGUAAGAGUUCUCGUGCAAGGAUUCAAGGACAGACUAUUGCCAUCUCGUCCAUAUAAGGAUAAAAGAAGAUUUGAAAGAUUAUAAAGUAUAAUCAAAAGUUUAAGAUGGGCGAAAGGCGAGGUACAAAGGCAUUAGAAUUCUGGUGUCGGCGAAUAACUGAGGGUUAUCCUGAUGUAAACGUGCAGAAUAUGACAACUUCUUGGAGAGAUGGCCUCGCUUUUUGUGCAAUGAUUCAUCACUUCCGACCUGAUCUCAUUGAUUUUGACAGUUUAGACAAGAACGAUAUAUAUGGGAACAAUGAACUGGCUUUCAGAAUUGCAGAGCAACAUCUUGGAAUACCAGCACUUUUGGAUGCAGAAGAUAUGGCUUCUUGUGCUGUACCUGAUCGUUUAUCGAUCCUUACUUAUCUUUCACAGUUCUAUCAAACUUUCAGUGGUUCAUCUCCAGCACGAAUUCCAGCGAGUAGAACGACUGAAACCGUAGAGGAAAGAAUCACACAAGUGUCUGAAUCUCCGAAAGAAAAGGAAACAACGUGUCUGGGCAGUAUGCGAAAGGAUGUCUGCUUUGUGUGUGGAUUUCCAAUUUUCCUAGCGGAAAAACUGGUCCUCGCCCAUGUUGCUUAUCAUCGUACUUGCUUUCGCUGCGCUCGAUGUAAUAAUCAGUUAACUAUUGGUAAUUAUUAUGAAACCGAAGAAGGGCAAUAUUGCUGUGAAACCUGUCCAGAUGAAGAUAUUUCAGUACAAAUAACGCAAAGUUAUGACUAUCCUACAUUUAACGAAAUUGAAAAGAAUAACAUUGAUUCCAGUUGUCAGCAAUUUUUUAGCAAUGACGAAAACGUAAAUAAAAAACCGUCUAGUGAUAAUUCUAUCGAGCGGAUGGAUCACGAAUCGAUGGAUCGCGUUGUUAUUCCUGAUUUAAUAGCGCAAACUUCUCGAUUACGGCUCAAUUUCAUAUCGAAUCAACUAUUUUCGGAAAAUGAUGAACAGAUUUCUCUUGAUAAUAUGCAUAGAAGAGAAAAUCGAAGUGGCAUCGAGGGAGAUGAUACAAAUUUAAAGACAGAAAGCAGAAAUUUAGUAUACCCAUUUAAUACUGAGUACGAAAAACAAAGUAAACUCGAAGAAGAAAAUAAACUCAAUCGUAUUGUCACUUGUUUAAAACUACCUGAUGAAACUACAAAACCUGAUAAUGACGGGCUGUUGUUAAAUACAAACGUUCAUGAUUACGUCCAUGAACGGUUAAACAUUGAUAAACACGAACAGGAUCAAAUAACAAUAACUUCUGUAGCUUCGCUUCAUAAUGUAAUUAAGGAAACAAGAGCAUCUCAUAGCAACGACAAAGAAUUAUCGGAUGAGACUAGUUCUGAGAGCAGUUAUUCUAUAGUCGAAAAAAGAUGUAGAAUGUUUGAAAAGAAAAAAGAUGAUAUCGAAAGGAAUAAGCUUAAAAAUCAUGAUACUGAAGCAUUAAAAUUCAAUAUACAAACUAAAAGGCAUAGGACUAAAAGUAUAGGAAACAGUGAAAGUCCGAUAGUAAAUCCAGAUACGACGAUGCAGGAAACAGGCAUCGGUCAAGAUAACACUCGAAAAUAUAAUGCAGAAAGCUUCGAUAAAGACAGUUCGACACAGAUUGCUCCUUCCGAGUUAUUAUCAUCGUGUGUAUCGAAAGUUAAUAAAACUUUAUCAAUUCCUUUGGAUACAGAAAGUAUUGAACAUCAUACAUCUACGAUUGCGAACGAUAUUAAUUCAACAAACGUAAUAUGCUCUAAUUUUAAUGAAGAUUAUCCUGAAGAUUUAAACCCCUUUAAAAGUGACGAAGAACAGGAGGAGCCGGAGGAGGCGGAAGAGGCGGAGGAGGCGGACGAGGUGGAAGAAGAAAAAGAAAAAGAAGAAGAAGAAGAAGAGGAAGAGGAAGAGGAAGAAGACGAAGAAGGAAUUACUGAUAAAUCCGUGACAACUAUGAACAGUUUAGUAACUACCGGAGAUCUAACAAAUCCUUUUGAGAAUGUAGAAGAAACAGAAAAGAAGGAAGUUAUUCUACCAAUACCAGCUUCGAGAAGUAAUUUUAAAAGUGGUAAAGCUAACCAACAUUUCGUAGAAGGAUCAACAAAACGACGUUUAGCCGCACCACAGAUUAAUCUAAAUCCCUUUUGGAGCGACGAAGAAGAUCACGAUAGCGAUUUGGAGUUCAAGGAGAGAACAUCUGAGAUUAUGCCUACUCCUAAACCACGCACAAUUAAGCACAACGAGCAAAACCCAAGUAAAAAUGGACGAAAAUCGAACGACACUCGUGAUUAUUUAUCCAUAUCAAAUAAUUGCUUAAGAAGCCCAGAAUCAGGGAUACAUACAGGAGGAGCUUAUAGAAAAAAGAAACCAGCACCGUUACCACCAAAUAAGAAGGAAUGUGUUUCCGAUCAGCGCACAUCUUCAAUGUCUAAACUACAAUGCAGUUCUGCCGAAUAUCGCGAUUCACCAUCGCAUAAAACAUUUAAAACACGUAAACCAAGACCAGCUCCACCACCACCAAUUCCAGUGUCAAGUGGUUUUCAAGAGUGUCCUAUGAAUAAAUCACACGAUGCCAAUGUAGAAUAUAACAUAUGGGAAGACGAAAAGACUAAUAAAGAUGAAACAAAUAGAAACAGACAGAGUUUUCCACACAUAACAUGCGAGGAAACUUUUCAUUGUAGAUCAUAUUUAGACAAAAGUAUGGAAGGAAAAUGGAAAAGGAAGAAAGGGCCUGCUCCACCUUGUCCAAUACCACAUAGAAGAAAGAUAAAAGUAAUGUCUCUUAAGGAUGUUAAGUUGGAGUUGGAUGAAAUAGAAUUGCAACAACAAGGCUUAGAAAAGCAAGGUGUCCGAUUGGAACAAUUGAUAAGAAGUAAAUGUGAAUCUGGAUCACAGAUUAACGAUAUUUCCCUUGGAACAGACGUAGAAGAACUAGUCUUAGAGUUAUUUACUUUAGUAAAUGAAAAGAAUGAGUUAUUUAGACGACAAGCCGAAUUAAUGUUACUCCGAAGACAGCAGAGAUUAGAAGAAGAACAUGCUGAAGUGGAAUACCAAAUUCGAUGCUUAAUGGCACAAAAUGAAUCAACUAAAACGGAUUUUGAUAAACAAAGAGAAGAAGCGUUGAUACAAAGAUUGAUAGAAAUUGUUGAAAGACGAAAUGAAAUUGUUGACUGCUUGGAGAUGGAUCGUCGCAGAGAAAUAGAAGAAGAUCGGAGUAUACAUCGUCACAUGGACUUAUUUGCUGCUAAAAAUAAAAACGAUUUAUCAUGCAAUGAUAUGGAUACAACCGAAAAGAAGAAAAGAAAACAAAACAAAUUAAAGGAGAAAAUAAAAGAGAAGAGACUGAAAAGAAUAUUGAAGAAGGAUGUUGAUAAGGAUGUAGAUGAAAUGGAGUUGACACUAAAACGUCAUACUAAGCGAAAAUGGUUUUAAUUUAUUUCGAUACUUUACUUUUAAUUACUUUAAUAUUCCAAUCGAAUACUUUAAGUAAACGUUACUGUGUGUAACUCGCUAGAAAAUGCUACCUCGAAUUUCUGAUUCAAAGAUUCUUUAAAAUAACGUUCCAAAUGAAAGUACGUGCCUAUGAUUGCACACGGAGCGAUAUCUCGAAAUGUUCGAUCUAAUAAAUUUUUAUUUAGAUAAGAUUGUAUAUUCUUUAUGUAUAUCAUCAUGUAUACUGUUUGUAUAAAAUUAUCAAUCUAAAUAAAAUUAUCAAACAAUCUGAAAAUGAAAACAUGAUCGAAUGAAA